CUGGGCCCCAGCGCGGAAUCUGGAUGCGGUGCCUGCCUCACCCUGCCCGGGCCCGGCACAGCCUGGUGCUGCUGGACACCGAGGGCUUCCCCGACCACGAGCAGGACGACGAGGAUGCCUUUUCCCGGCUCUUCGUGCUGAACGUGCUGCUCAGCAGCGUCUUCGUCUACAACAGCCGUGGUGACGGUGACCCCCAGACCCAGCUUGAGCGCCUCACCUACGUGCGGGAGCUGUCACAGCGGGUGCGUGUUCUGCCCGAGUGCUGCGAGCCCUGGGACAACAGUGUGCUGCUAAGCACCAUCCUGCCCACUUUCGUGUGGUGCCUGCGGGAUGUGGUGCCCGACCCCCAGCUCGACUGGGAGCUGGAAGAGGAGCAGCAUAACCUGGACUCCACUGUCAGCGCUACACCAGGUGCAGACCACUCCCCGACUCGCUGCAUCCAGAGCACCUUCUCCUGCCGCAAACUCUUCCGCUUCUGCCCCCCCGGCCUGGACGGGGAGUGGGGGAUGCCACCUGCCCCCCUCGGCCCACUGCACCCCACCUUCCAGGGGCAGCUGGAGCACUUCCAGCAGUACGUCCUGAGCUGCGAGCCCAAGACUACCCUGGGGAAACACCUCAUAGACGGGACGUUCCUGGCUGGGUUGCUGGAGCGCAUCGUGGAGCUGCUGGGCCGGGAUGAGACCAUCCUGUUGCAGGAAGUGUGCAAAGAGCUGCUGGAGGCGACAAUGCCGCAUGAGGUUGAAGGCUGCAGGACCCCCAGCCCCUUGGGACCAGUCCUGGAGAGCAGAGGAGCAGCCAGUGCUGCGCAGCCUCUCAGGCCCAAGCCCAAGGUGGAGGCUGUUGUGGUCCUGCAGGCAUCUUCAGCCCCUGACAGGGAUGGCACCAGGGGAGACAGUGCCCAGGCGUCACUGUGGGACCCAGCCCAGGCCACCUCUGCUACGGGGCCCAUCUGCCUGGUGGAGAAUGUGCCGAGCCAAGGGCUGCAGGUGAACCGGGAGGCACUGGCGCAGCUGCAGGCCAGGAGCCAGCCCGUGGUGGUGGUGGCCAUCGCUGGGCUAUACCGCACUGGCAAGUCCUAUCUCAUGAACCAGCUGGCCGGCAAGAGGACAGGUUUCUCCCUGGGCUCCACCAUCCAGUCACACACCAAAGGCAUCUGGAUGUGGUGCGUGCCCCACCCGCGCCGGCCCGGCCACACACUGGUGCUGCUGGAUACGGAAGGGCUGGGUGAUGUGGAGAAGGGCAACGCCAAGAACGACACGUGGAUCUUCACAUUGGCCGUCCUGCUCUCCAGCACCCUGGUCUACAACAGCCUGGGCGUCAUUGACCAAGGUGCCAUGGACCGGCUGCACUAUGUGACGGAGCUGACGGAGCACAUCCAGGCCAAGGCAGCGUCUGGGGCUGGCCUGGCAGCAGCGGGGGACGGGGCCGACUUUGUGCGCUUCUUCCCAGCCUUCGUGUGGGCCGUGCGGGACUUCACACUGCAGCUGCGGCUGGACGGGCGGGACAUCACGGCAGACGAGUACCUGGAGCACGCGCUGAGGCUGAAGCCAGGUGAUGACCAGUGCGCCCAGACCUACAACCUGCCACGGCUAUGCCUGCACCACUUCUUCCCCACUCGCAAGUGCUUUGUGUUUGAGCAGCCAGCCCACGGGGAGUACCUGCACCGGCUGGAGGAGCUGCACGAUGACCAGCUGGACCCUGGCUUCCGCAAGCAGGCAGCCCACUUCUGCGCAUACAUCUGGGCCACGGCACAGACCAAGGCCUUGCCGGGUGGCCAUGUAGUGACAGGAAAGUUGCUGGGGGACCUGGUGGUGACCUAUGUGGAUGCCAUCUGCAGUGGGGCGGUGCCCUGCCUGGAGAAUGCUGUGCUGGCCCUGGCGCAGGUGGAGAACUCAGUGGCAGUGGAGGAGGCCAUGGCCCGGUACCGGACAGCACUUGGGCCAUGGUCAGUGCUGCCCACAGAGACGUUGUCGGAGCUGCUAGCGCUACAUGCACAGGCUGAGCACGAUGCCCUGGAGGUGUUCAUGGCGCGCGCCUUCAAGGACGAGGAUCAUCUCUUCCAGCGCAGCCUCAAGGAGCAGCUGGAUGUGGAGCUGAGCAAGCUGUGCGCCGCCAACAAGCAGGCAUCCCAUGACCGGUGCCAAGCUGUGCUGCUGGAGCUCUCCGGGGACCUGGAAGCCCACAUUGGCAGUGGCACCUACGCAGUGCCUGGUGGCUACCAGCGCUACCUGGAUGAGCGUCAGCGAGUGGUGGAGCAGUACCAGGAGGUGUCACGCAAGGGGCUCAUGGCCGUGAGCGCCCUGCAGGAGUUCCUGCGGUCCCAGGAUGCUGUGGCUGACACCAUCCGGGAGGCAGACCAGAGCCUCAGUGAGCACGACAAGGAGCUUGCAGGGCAGCAGGCGCGGACAGAGGCGGCGGAGCACGAGGCGGCGGCACGGCGGAUGGCACAGGAGGCGGCCGAGCAGAGGCGGCAGGAGGCCAAGCGCAGCCAGGCUGAGCACGUGCAGCAGCUGGAGGCCCGGCUGGAGACUGAGCGCCAGCAGCUGCUGGCUGAGCACCAGCAGGCGCUGGACCACAAGCUGAAGGAGCAGGAACGGCUGUUGCACCAAGGCUUCCAGCACCAGGCUGAGCAGCUGCGGGCUGAGAUCCGGGGCCUGCAGAGGCAGAUAAGCCAGUCCCGACGCCAAACCUGCGUGCUCUUCUGAGGGGCUGCCCAGGCGCACAUGUUUUGGACCCGCUGCCCCUCCCAGGAGAGGGGGGCACACCCCGGCUGGACUCGCUCCCUCUGCCCCUGGACUCGCUCCCUCUGCCCCUGGAGUUGCUCCCUCUGCCCCUGGAGGGCCCAGAGGCCUGGGGGGGCUGGAUUCAGUGGGGCCCCGUGCCACUGUUAGGGUCCCUUUGUCCUGCUGCAAUAAAGAAUGCUUUGGAA